AUGGUCAUUCCUUGGCCCUUCGUCAACGAAAGUUCAACUAUGUUGAAUUGGCAGCUUGCGGCCCCAUCAGCUGGCUUCUGCCUUUUUCUUUCCAGCGAGGGUGUGUUCCAGUUUCCCACUUUGACUCCUCUGUUCAAAACGGACAGCGCACCCGUCGCUGACUGGUAUCUUCGUCGUCUCCUUGUCGAUUUUCGGCAGUCGUCGCCGUGCUGUUAUUCCUCCCUCGCUGCCAAAAGGCGAGAUGAUGAUUCAUUUUGCAGGCUGUUCGUCGUGUGCCUCAAAUCCUCAACGGCAAACCCGGCCAUUGGUAACCCGGGCGACAAUCGAUUCGGCAUAAUGUUCGACAACGCAAAUGCCAUCAGGGCCAGGUGA